CAGAGACCACCUGACCUCUCAAGCGGCAGAACGGAGACAGCAGCGAGGGGGCAGCCUCCGUACAGCUGUGAUAGAAGGAUUGUAGAUAACCCCACGAUUUAUUUUUUUAGAAAUCUCUCACCAAUUUUUCUAAACACAUAUCUCUGUUUUAUGGAGGGCGUUUUGAAUUGUAAACUAGAGGACUUGGAGGACUACUACGGGAUACUGGGAUGCGAUGAACUGUCGUCGACCGAACAGAUUGCCAACGAAUAUAAGAUUCGCGCCUUGGCUUGUCACCCGGACAAACAUCUAGACCGCCCCAAAGCAGUGGAAGACUUUCAAAAGUUACAGGAAGCCAAAGAAGUUUUAUGCAAUGAAAGCAAAAGAAAAAACUACGACCUCUGGAGAAGAAGUGGGGUUUCUCUUCCAUUUCGUGACUGGCAAGCCUUGAAUGACUCUGUGAAAACAUCAAUGCACUGGGCUGUGAGAGCGAAGAAGAAACCAAUGCUGGAAGGCUCAAAGGCCAACUUCCUGGUCACCUGUCCAGGGGAGAAUCUUCAUUUUGGACAGGAGACACAAGGGAUAUCCUCUUAUGAAGCAGUGCCAUCCUCAAGUGACGGCAGCCAUCGACGUUUCCGUUGGGCUGCUGACUCACCAUCAACUCUACUACAGAAGUUCAGAAAUUAUGAAAUUUAAAUUGACCAAUAGUUACAUUUUGUUUAAAUGUUAGUGAUGUCUUUUUAUUGUAAUUGCAGAUCCUGUUAUUUAUUGUACCAAUGUUGUGUGAUCAUGGUUUUGUCGUAUGGAAAUGUAAAUCAUUUAUUUUUAAGUUGAAGUAGUUGGCUAAAUGUGAAAACAGGCCUAGCAAGACUCAAGCAACUGCAUCUUUUGUGUGACAGCAUAUACCAUUCAAGUUCUUUAAUGUAUUGUGUCCUUUACUGCACAGUGGAGAAUUGCUCAUAACUUUUUCCCCCAAUCUUUUGAAACAAAACUCUGAUUUUAAUUUGAUUCCCCAGACAAUCUGGGGACUGGAACCACCACACCAGUUCCAAAUAUGCCAGCUUGUCUGUAAAAGUAUUUUUCCUCAGGUACUUGUCUAUUUUGGGUCACUGAUAAGUUAAAUUUUAAUCAUCACAUUUGAUGUAUGUUCACCUUCUUUAGCGUUUAAAAAAUAUUAAAUAUUUUAAGCGGCUGUGCAAUAAGGGAAAAUAAAGACAUUACUUGUCAAAGAUGGUAUCCGCAACUUAA